AUGGCAGCGACUAUUAAUUGCGAUCACACAGCAAGCAUCCACAAUCUUCUUCAUCAAUAUUGCCACCACGAUAAACAACCACCACCACUGCUUAGACCCCCACCGUCAUCCCACUUCCACUUUCACGCAAUCAGCAACGCCAACAACCCUCCGACUCGUUGCCCAACAUGACCGGAACUCUUCGUCUUGGAUCCACAGUGCCCGACUUUGCCGCCUCCACCAACAAGGGCGACUUUCAGUUCCACGACUACAUUAACGGAUCUUGGGCCAUUCUGUUCAGCCACCCCGAUGACUUUACUCCAGUGUGCACCACUGAGCUCGGAGAGGCUGCGCGCCAGCAGGGAGAGUUCGACAAGCGUGGAGUGAAGCUGAUUGGUCUCUCCGCCAACGACAUUGACUCGCACGACCGUUGGAUCAAGGACAUUACAGAUGUCAGCAAGGCCAAUGUGACUUUUCCCAUCAUUGGUGACAAGGAUCGCAAGAUCGCAACCACUUUUGAUAUGCUGGACCAGCUGGACGAGACGAACAAGGAUGUCAAGGGCUUGCCAUUGACUGUCAGGAGCGUAUUCGUCAUCAACCCCAACAAGCAGAUUGUCACCAUUAUCACCUACCCCGCUUCUGUCGGCCGCAACUUUGACGAGAUUCUGCGCGUCAUUGACAGUCUUCAGCUGUCCGCUAGCUUGCAAGGCAAGGUCACCACGCCCGUCAAUUGGCGCAAGGGAGAUGACGUCAUCAUUGCACCUCCCGUCAAGGAUGAGGAGGCCAAGCAGCUCUUUGGAAACUUUAGAGCUGAAAAGCCUUACCUCAGGUUCACCCCUGACCCCAGCAAGAAGUAAGCGAGCGAGCGAGCGAGCGCUAGGCGCAAUACCGACGCACGACGGAAAAAGUGGGGGACCACUUCCUUUACUCGUUGGAGAUCAAGAAGAGAAGAGCAAAACACA